AGCACUACCACCAAGAAUUACCCAUGGAGCCUAACCUAAAUCCACCCACUACACCUGCCCUCUACCACUCACUCCGAGAGCUAGAACAUUGAAUUUGCCGGUGAAUUGUUCUUGGAGGAGCGCUAUUCAAUGACGUUCAAUGUUGCUCUGAACAAGAAAAGUCAAUUGUUGAGUGAAGACAACAAUGCUGGGUUGAAACGUCGAAUUUCGAAACGUUGGGUUUCGAACAUCCCAACGUAUGAUGGCACGGAAUGGGGCAGUGAUUCGGAGAGUGAACCCGAAUUACCGUCUCUUCCCCCGCUACGGACCACUUUGAGUGCACCAAAGUCGAUUGGGUUGCAUUCGAGGACCAGUUCAUCUGAAUCAAAGCCCCAGGAGUCUGGAGCAGCUAUCGCUUCCCCCGCAGCAGGACAAAAAGGUGAGGAGACCAUCAAGAAUGAAGAGGAGAUGGUAUCGGAGGAGGAGGAGGAGAAUGGGACAGACGACAUUGUGACGAAGCAGAAAAGUGCUCAGUUGAAAGAGUCAGCUGAACCUAUUGUCCAAAAAAAAGAGUCAGAGACCGCUCAGGCCCCGUUGACCAUCAGUCAACAAUCCAAGUCAGCGGAGGAGGCUGCUCGGUAUUGGGCUGCGAAACAUCGGGAAUUGCUGAAGUUUUUUGGUGCGGAAUACAAGAACCGUAUUUACGAAAGUGUUCUUCCCAAAAAACCUGUGUUGAAUGACAUUAAAUUGGGUAAAACCGGCACACCAGGGCUCCGAAAGGACGAGCGAGUAGUCCUCAGCGAGCCUGAAAGACACGUUGUAGCUGCAAAACCCACAAUGGCCCCUCGUUUCCAGUCCAUGCAGACUCCUAUCAUGAUGAGUACAUCAGCGUCGUAUGCUGAGGAAAUGGUUGAUGAUGACCAUGAGCAAGGUGAGUUGGAGGAAGUACACUGUCUAAUGGAAUCACCUAUAGAAACUGAGCAAUCUGAGGCUCAAAAGGAAGCAAAUUCAACGGCUGGAGUUGAUACUCUUACUCGAAAGCCCUCGUUGACCGAGAGUGAUAUAGCUAACACAGUUGUCCCUGAAGCUGCUCAGGAGCCUAAACCUAGUGUCGCUGCGGAAAUGGCUCCCGAAGUACCAAAGUCGUCCUUAGCUCCUCCCGAAGCCGUUCCCUUGCCUCCUUCUGUUACAUCUGAUGAGUCUGAACCGGAGGAGCGUGCGGCGUCCGUGAAACCUGAACAAGAGCCUGAACAGGGGCCCCACCAGGAACCUCAACAAGCCUCUGCUGUUGUCCCUCAUACGUUGCCUGCCCUUCCCAGUAAUCGUCCUAAGGAGAAGCCUCUCCCCCCUAGCCGACCUCUCCCGUCGCCAUUUGGUGCAUCUGGUGUUUCUGGAAGCAAGCCAGCUAUAGCCUCUUCCGUCUUGACUCAAAUAAGUCCUGGACUUUCCAUGCCCACGAUUGUCGCUUCUGCCGCGCCGGCUGUUGCAGCUAGCGACAAGGGGAAGCAAGCUGCUGUUUCCACUAUCUUCACUACUACACCACCUACACCACCUUCUCGCCCUUUACCCCGCGAGCCCGUUUCUAACGAUGCGUCAGAGUCUGCUUCUGAUUUUGAUGAAAAGAAGCCCACUGAUGACACUCCUCCCACCUCGCAGUUAGACGUCGACUCAUCCGAACAAACGGAAAAGGCUCUUCCCUUGGAGAAGAGCUCAACAAACGAACAAGGUAACGAUGAACUGUCUUCUUUGUAUAACUACUUGAUGGAUGAAGUGAACACACUUGCUCCUGCAGUAACGGCUGCUCCUUUGGCGGGCCAGAAGCAGCAAAUUGCCGGCAAUGCUUCGCCUGACAGGGCGCUUCCCGAUCCUCCGGAUGCAGAAGCGGUGUCUGUGUGCACCACUGAAGGUGACCGUUCAACAGCUUUGGAGGAAAUUCCCGAGUUUAGCCCUGACCAUGUCAAGUUCGGCGUGUCAAGUGCUGUUCCUGCAUCACCAAGUCCUUUAUCUUCACACACGAAGAACCGUAGUCUCCCCAGUAACCUAGCGACUACUGAGAGGGACUUGGAAGAGCGGGCUUUUAAACGUGGGUCCUUGCCGCCUCUUCCUGCCUUAGUUCCUACUACGUCGGUCACUUCUGACAAUGGAGCUCCUUCGAUUACAUCGACAGAGUCUGCUCAUUCACUUUCAACUCAUGGACGUGUCCAGUUCGACACUGUUACAAACGAGAGCAAGCCUAUACUUCAUGAACUUGAACCACUGCGUCCAGUGGCUUCUGCCGGAGCAAACAAGUCAGCGUCUGAAACCGGUGCUGACCAAUCCGGAAUGAAAACCAUACCAUUCGUUAACUUCCAAGCGUUUAUCGGCAGUCCUUUGAUGUCGUUUGAUAAGUUAAAUGCUCUUGGUUCUACAGAUCAAAGAUUUUAUUUCUACAAAGGCAAGGUUCGUGAAUUCCUUCAGUUCGAUACGGGCCUUGAUGAGUGGAUGAAUUUUUGCUUACACGCUGACAAACCCAGCAACAAUACCACUAAUGGACGGAAGGCAUCCCGUUCCUCCAUUCACUCCGUCAUCUUCCCCGCUAGUACGAGCUUUGAGCCCCCGCUCACAAAAGCUGCGACUUCAUCAUGUCCUUCAAUCCGCUCUAAUCAUUCAGCCACGCCCUCCGUUGCAAGUUCUACUCGUCGUAGCUCACGCCUCUUCUCGCAUGAGAACGUGUCGUCAGCUGUCAGUGAGGUAACCAAGAAAUCAAAGAACGCAGCAAAGGAUCUAUUUAAUGUAUUUCGACGAAAAAACAAAGACGAUAGCAGUGGAAAGCAAAAGGGGAAAGGAUUCUUUUCCAAAAAUUAAUGAACUGUUGUCCUCGAGUUUACCGUCCUUUUUAUUAUUUUAUUAUAUCUGUGUAGAUGUAAUUCAUACUUGCAUUAUUGGCAUUAACUUCUUCGACAUUUCUUUUG